GGUCGGGGGGCGCGGAAAAGAAAAAGGGCGCUGUUUUUUUUCUGCUCGCUCUUCCUCUCGCGGUGGGCAGGACUGCAUUUCCCGGCGUCCCUGGCGGCCCUUCCGGUUCCCGUCCCCGAGGCGCUGGGCCCGCGUUUCCGGUCCGAUGCUGGCGGCGGGGUUGCGGGGCCUUCCCGGCCGGGCCGCCCUACUGGGCCGCGGCGCCCCGAGCCUGGUGCCCUCCCGCGGCCGCAAGACCCGCCGCGACCCUCCGGCCAAAUCCAAGGCGGACCGGAUCAAGGUGCCGCCGCCCGUCGACCCGGCCGAGCUGCUGGUCGUCCUCGACCGCUACGAGCAGCACCGGCGGGUGGUGGCCGCCCUCAGAUUUGAGAUGAUGGAAGAAAUAAAGCAUAAAAACUACGAUUUCAUGUUCGGAGAAACGGCGAAGAAGAGGAAUAAAGCUGAGCAAGAGGAGCAUCAAGGUCUCAUGGCCUUGAACGAUGCCGAAAAUAAGCGUUUACUCGAGCGGAGGUUGGAGCGUCUCCGGAAGGAGGAAAUACAGGAGAAAGCCCGCAAGCUACAAAGUGACCAAAACAGGGUGUCCUUGCGGGAGAAAUCCCUCAAGGAGAAAGAAAUGGAAGUGCUUCGCUUACAGGAAGAAUCCAAGAAUUUCAUCACCCUUGAAAACCUGGAUCAGCGGAUCGAGGAGUGCCUGAACAAGACCCAGAAUUACAAUUUCGCCGUCGAUAAAGACGGCAGGAUAGUUAAGAGGACCGCCAUGCAAUAACCAACUCUUGGAGGAAGGACACUUUCCAUCCAGAUCCGAGGUUUGCCAUGAGUGAUUGCACACGCUCCACCCCAUCAGCAUCGCUACCCUCAAAACGGGGAGUGGCAGAUAAUUCAUGCUUUCCAAACGGGGCGAAUCUGGUUUUGCAGCUGUUAUAACGGCCCUUUUGCAGAAAGAAAUGGAUCCUCUUCCGAGAUUUUGGGUUUUUGAGCAUCUCAUCCUCCGUCGUUUCUGCGUUUUUAAGAACCCCGAUCAGCUUUUGAUCCUGUCUCUCUUUUCUUUGAAAAACAACUGACCUAUUAGCUAGGUUUCUCUGGAUUGCUCAGAAAUUAAACGCAGUAUUUUAUUUUCUGG